CAAUGUUACACAUAUACGCUUGUGAUGAGUCACGGGUUUAAUUAUACUGUUGACUAAACAAAGCAAUUGCAUUGAGCCAACACAAAAUCACAAUAAACAUUGAUUUGCGUUUGUUGGUGAACAUUCGUGAAAGUCGCACAUCAGCCUUCGCCUUGAUUCUUUGCCGCCAACGACCCAUCUAGUAGGAAGCGCAAUGACUGCCCCCGUACUGCUAAGCGACCAAGAGGAAUGGACGAAAUUCAAGACUGGAUUUAAAAAAUCCUAUGAGGCCCCUGAUGAGGAGUCCAGAAGGUUCGAAAUCUUCCAAAAUAACCUGAAGAACAUCAAGGAGCACAAUGAGAAGUUUGCCAAAGGCGAAGUGACCUACACCCAAGGAGUGAAUCAGUUCGCUGAUUUGACUCCGGAGGAAUUCAAAAACCGCUUCACUGGCUACCGGGGAAAGCCCAAAGGAAGUAACUGAUAAUCAAGUUUAAACAUCUUAAAUAUGUGAAUCUAUUUAGUUUUUACAAAAAAAUUAUUAGUAAUUCCUAGAAUCAUCAAUAAUUUACUUUCAAUUGAAACAUGUGUGUUUACACUCUAUUUGGCACGUUUUAAGUCUUAAAACUAGAUAUUCCUCUGUUUCUCUCUCAGCUCCCAUCGUACAUAAAUAGUUACUAAUAAAAUAUCUUAUAUAUAGCUACGGCUUGAAUAAAUUCUUCAGACUCAA